AUGCUACGCUCCAGACUCACACAGGCGGCUUGUGCCGCUCAACGAGCCUUCUCCACCAGCCCACGAGUGUUGGCCGCCGUCAAGCAGAUGACGGUGCGCGAUGGACUCAAUAGCGCCUUAGACGACGAGCUGGCUCGCGAUGAUCGCGUGCUGCUGCUGGGCGAGGAGGUGGCACAGUAUGAUGGUGCCUAUAAGGUAUCACGUGGACUGUGGAAGAAGUAUGGAGACAAGCGUAUCAUCGAUACGCCAAUCACAGAAAUGGGUUUCGCUGGCAUUGCCGUUGGCGCUGCGAUGGCCGGUCUGCGUCCUGUCUGCGAGUUCAUGACCUUUAACUUUUCCAUGCAGGCCAUCGAUCAUGUCAUCAAUUCGGCUGCCAAGACAUUUUACAUGUCCGCCGGUGCCGUCAAUGUGCCCAUCGUGUUCCGCGGCCCCAAUGGAGCUGCCUCUGGUGUCGCUGCCCAGCAUUCGCAGUGCUUUGCCGCCUGGUACGCUCACUGUCCUGGCCUGAAGGUUGUCUCGCCCUACGACACGGAGGAUGCACGUGGUCUGCUCAAAUCAGCCAUUCGUGAUCCCGAUCCAGUUGUUGUGCUGGAGAACGAACUGAUGUACGGCACAGCAUUCCCUGUGGAUGAUAAGGUCACGGAUGUUGAUUUCCUAGUACCCAUUGGCAAGGCCAAGAUCAUGCGUCCCGGCAAGGACAUUACCAUUGUGGCGCAUUCCAAAGCUGUGGAAACAGCGCUGCAAACUGCCGCCGAGCUGGCCAAGAAAGGCAUCGAAGCUGAGGUCAUUAACCUGCGUUCCAUUCGCCCACUGGACAUGGAUACCAUUUUCGCCUCCGUUCGCAAAACCCACCAUUUGAUCACGGUAGAAAAUGGCUGGCCACAACAUGGUGUUGGCGCCGAGAUUUGUGCACGCUUUAUGGAGAAUGAGGCGUUCUUUGAACUGGAUGCGCCCGUCUGGCGUUGCUGUGGCGUCGAUGUGCCCAUGCCAUAUGCCAAGACAUUGGAGGCGCACGCACUGCCCCGCGUUCCUGAUGUAACUGAGGCUGCUCUUAAGGUGUUGGGUGGCAAGGCUAGAUCUAAAUAGGCAGAAUAGACAACCAAUCGCUUACUAAAUUACUUGUCAUUGAUAACGAUUCGAAGAUCCCCGCUGGAGGUCGUCUCUCAGUUGUUCCCAAAUUGUGCAAUCCGUUUGCAAAAUCGAAAAAGUAAAUUUUUUAUAUAUUAUUUUUGUCAUACGGCGGUUGUUCAUUUUUACCAACAUUUUAGUUGAAAUAUUUGAUUAUCGAAAUCUCUGCGAAAAAUAAAAAAUAUGAUCUAAAAAUAAA